GCUCUCUCUUGCUUCUACUGAAUUUACAUCAUACCACUCCGAAUACGGAAGUCCCCAUUUCACUGUCUAUAGACUCUUCCAUGUGGACACAGGAGUUUGAUGGGCUCUAAAUAGCCUGAUGUGUGUCCCUACUCCAAAACGACAUUGAAAAAAUGAGCCGAUCAUCAAAAUCAAAAACGCAGGAGAACAAUCUAAGCAUCCUUCUGAGUGCAGAGGAGAAUGAGUCUGUGGUGGAGCUUCUGGGGCGGAGAUGUGUGACCCUGUCCACAGCAGUGAUUCAACUGUGGAUGGCCCUGCCACACAGUUCCUCUCAAUGGAGUCUGCAGCACACUGGUGUGGUGUGCUUUGUGAAGGACAACCCACUUCGCUCCUACUAUAUCCGUCUAUACGACUUUAAGGAGGGGAAACAAAUCUGGGAGCAGGAGCUGUAUAACCAGCUGACAUAUCACAAUCCUCAGAUCUUUUUCCACACCUUUGCUGCUGACGAAUGCCAGGUGGGUCUCAACUUCUCAAGUGAGCAGGAGGCUGAGACGUUCAGAGUCACUGUGCAAGAGAAGCUCAGCCAGAGAGCCAACCAUCAAGAAAAAAGACCUGCAAGUCAUGAAAAAAGACAACUGCCACCAUUGCCACCACCAAACACUUCACCAGUCCAUCCUGGAGGCACACCCACUAUGGACAUCCAGAACCCUGGCAUCCUAGCUUCACGCUAUCACUCCCCAGCAGCACCCACCCCUUCCCCUGCCUCCCUGGCCAAUUCAAAAGUAAAGAAGGACAAAAAGAGCAAGAAGAAGGGAGUCAAGCUGACCAAGGCUGAUAUAGGAGCCCCCAGUGGAUUUAAACAUGUAACCCAUGUUGGAUGGGAUCCAAACUCAGGAUUUGAUACUGCUAAUCUAGACCCUGAUCUGAAGACACUCUUCUCCUCUGCUGGGAUUAGUGAUGACCAACUGACAGACGCAGAUACCUCCAGACUCAUCUAUGACUUUAUCGAACAGUCUGGGGGGUUACAGGCUGUCAAGGAUGAAAUGAGGAAACAAGAGAACACACCAAGCCAGUCUCAAAGUCGACAUGGACGACUCCCCCCUGUUCCUUCAGAGUCACCACGACGCUCUGGGCCCCUGCCUGUCCCAGGAGGCCCCCCAAGAGGUCCCCCUUCCCGCUCUCUCCAACCCCCACCAACAGUGGGCAGAAGUGGACCACCCCCACCACCUCCUAUCUCUGCCUGUCCUCCUCCUCCCCCAAGCCACGGUCGCUUCGGAGGUGCCCCCCCUCCUCCCCCACCCUGUGCUGCCUCAGGGGGUGGACCACCACCUCCCCCACCUCCUCCCCCUGCUCCAUCAUCAGAGCCAGUCACAGAUAUUGGAAGUAGAAACAUUGAUCCACCCCCCAAAACCCCAAGUGGAGGUGGAGGUACAGGUGGUCGAGGGGAUUUGCUUGACCAAAUUCGCUUGGGAACUAAGCUUAAAAAUGUCACAGAUAGCACUGAAUCAAACUCUGCCCCACAAGAAGAGUCAAGUGAGGGAAUAGUUGGAGCGCUGAUGAUGGUCAUGCAGAAGAGAAGCAAAGUCAUCCACUCAUCGGAUGAUGAAGAGGACGAUGGUGGUGAUGACGAUGAUGACGAUGAGUGGGAUGACUGAUUUAAAUUUCCAACAUGAAUGUACUUGGACAGACAUUUCAGAAACCAAUGGAAUAAUUGCUGCAUAAGUGAGACCACCCCCUGCUGGAGAGUCAGGUGGGAAGACGUCUGACUGGUACAAAAUAACUAGCCAUUUGUUAAUUAAACAAUUUUUUUACUGGAUCAGAAGUAUCAUCAAAAUUACAUUUUUCUAGGUCAAA